GUCUUUUUUAUUUGAUCAUACAUGACUACAUCCAUCUAUUACUAUGUACGUUGGUAUCUUACGUAGGUAUGUACUAACAUCAGUGUUAUUAAAGUAACAUCUUUGUCAAGUAACUCUUCCCUCCGAGAUAUUUACCUGCCUACUCUUUGGAAGCGAUCAGCAAUCAAGUUUUAUCCUCGAAUUGCGUCUACCUGAUAUUGUGAAUGGCGUGGUGAAUUUUCUCCUAUUCAUGGUACUCACUUUAAGCUGAAGGCAAUACGACGGAGUUAAUGUUCUAUUAAUGGCAUGAUUGGAUUAAAUAGCCCAGGAUGUUUCGUUGGAAACCCAGGGGACCAGUGGGCUUCCACUCAAUUACCAUGGUACCGGACUGGGCCUCAAGUCUGAAUCUGCUUCCUAUAUUUAGAGGCUACGAUAAACCACUACGGCUCAUACGGACUAUCCAUCAUCAGGCCUAUGAUGCUUUUCUUGACCAAGAAGACCUCACCGAAGCUAGGAAAUGGCAUGCUUCGUUCACCGAAAGUAGCCUACCAAAAGGUCAAACAACUUAUUCUCGGUCAAGUGGACCGGGGGGGCAACAUGUGAACAAAACUGAGAGUAAGGCGACAACUGUGUGGUCUAUGGAGGAGCUCUCUAAGAGUUUACCAAAACUACUGCAAUCUGCGUUGCGGAAUUCGAGGUACUAUUCUAAAAGGAAUGACUCUAUCACUAUUCAGGCCCAGACUCAACGGAGUCGAACCGCAAAUACAGAUGAUAAUCGGCUUAAGCUGGUGGAUGAACUGUUGGGUAUAUACAAACAGCAGGUCCCCAAUCCGACUAGCCAUGAAUCGAUAAAAAAGCAUGAGGCUAUAGAGAAGUCAUUCCAAGAAAAUAGACUAAAAUCCAAGAAGAAGCAAAGUACUAAGAAGGCAUUUCGUAAAGGGGUGGGUCGAGACGAAUAACUGAUGAUUGACGUGUUCCUUGACUCGGAGCUACAUGUAUAUAAUAUAUAUACAUUAGGUAUCUUAAAAGAUAUCAUCACCCACCCAUUUACAAGCUCUGGUGAUAAUAAUUCGUUAAAUGCAUUAUUCAUAUUAGCUCCCUUUCCUAAAGUCUAUUAAAGGAAUGAGGGGCAGAGACAGCCACUAACUAGGUGGACCCUUGAAUCUGCAGGCAGUGCCGCUUAUCCAGCGACAAUGUUCCUUUCUGUUUCUGUAACUGCCUG